UCCCAGAGUCCUCGGAGAAAGAAGCUUCUGUUCGGCGCGCGUGCAACGUUCGGUCAACGUGCUCUGGUGCUUUGCGGAAAGCGUGCGCUCCGUCGGCCCCGGCGGUGCCGGCCUUUGGGGGCCGCACACUUGGGCUUUUCCCGGUGGUAGAGGAGCUCCCCAACGGCCGCGCGGCGCCCGGAUCCGGCCUCACCAUGUUGGUGCUGUUUGAAACUUCGGUGGGCUACGCCAUCUUUAAGGUUCUGAAUGAAAAGAAACUUCAAGAGGUUGAUAGUUUAUGGAAAGAGUUUGAAACUCCAGAGAAAGCAAACAAAAUAGUAAAACUAAAACAUUUUGAGAAAUUCCAGGAUACAGCAGAAGCAUUGGCAGCAUUCACAGCUCUGAUGGAAGGCAAAAUCAACAAACAGCUGAAAAAAGUUCUGAAGAAAAUUGUAAAAGAAGCUCACGAACCCUUGGCUGUAGCUGAUGCUAAACUAGGAGGCGUUAUAAAGGAAAAGCUGAAUCUCAGUUGUAUCCACAGUCCUGUCGUAAGUGAACUUAUGAGAGGGAUUCGUUCACAGAUGGAUGGAUUGAUCCCUGGGGUAGAGCCACGAGAAAUGGCUGCUAUGUGUCUUGGAUUGGCACACAGCUUAUCCCGUUACAGAUUGAAAUUCAGUGCUGAUAAAGUCGACACAAUGAUUGUUCAGGCAAUUUCUUUAUUGGAUGAUUUAGAUAAGGAACUAAACAACUACAUCAUGCGGUGUAGAGAAUGGUACGGCUGGCAUUUCCCUGAAUUGGGAAAAAUUAUUUCAGAUAAUCUGACAUACUGCAAGUGUUUACAGAAAGUUGGCGACAGGAGGAAUUAUGCCUCAGCCACACUUGCUGAAAUACUGCCAGAGGAAGUUGAAGCCGAAGUGAAAGCAGCUGCAGAGAUUUCUAUGGGGACGGAGGUGUCGGAGGAAGAUAUUUGCAACAUUCUGCAUCUGUGCACUCAGGUGAUUGAAAUCUCAGAAUACAGAACCCAGCUCUAUGAGUAUCUGCAAAAUCGGAUGAUGGCCAUUGCACCCAAUGUCACAGUGAUGGUUGGGGAGUUAGUUGGAGCACGGCUUAUUGCUCAUGCAGGUUCUCUUUUGAAUUUGGCCAAACAUGCAGCUUCUACAGUUCAAAUCCUUGGAGCAGAAAAGGCACUCUUCAGAGCUCUCAAGUCUAGGCGAGAUACCCCUAAAUAUGGUCUCAUUUAUCAUGCUUCACUUGUAGGUCAGACAAGUCCAAAACAUAAAGGAAAGAUUUCUCGCAUGCUGGCUGCUAAAACUGUUCUGGCUAUCCGGUAUGAUGCUUUUGGUGAAGAUUCCAGCUCUGCAAUGGGAGUUGAGAACAGAGCCAAACUUGAGGCCAGGUUGAGGGCGUUAGAAGAUAGAGGGAUAAGGAAAAUUAGUGGAACAGGAAAGGCACUGGCAAAAGCAGAAAAAUAUGAGCAUAAAAGUGAGGUAAAGACUUAUGACCCUUCUGGUGAUUCUACACUGCCAACCUGUUCUAAGAAACGCAAGAUAGAAGAAGUGGAUGAUCAGGAUGAGAUUGUUGGAAAAAAACCGAAAAAAGCCAAGGUUAAAGUUAAAGUUGAAGAAGAAGAGGAAGAUGAAGUUUUGGUGGUUGAAGAGCACGAGACAUCUGCGAAGAAGAAGAAGAAGAAAGACAAAAAGAAACACGUUAAGGAAGAACUAGCUUCUGAAGAGGAGCCGUGCACCAGCACAACAAUUGCUAGUCCAGAGAAAAAGAAGAAAAAGAAAAAAAAGAGAGAGACUGAGGACUAGUAGAAGGGAAUCAUGUCAGAUCACCUGGAUGCAUCGUGUUGAAAGCAUAUUCAUUAGAAUAUUCCAGGGGUAUGGUGUAAAUACAGGAAAGGUUGGACAAUACCAAAUGAUGAAACAUCUCUCUUCAAACCUACUUGUGUCUUGACAUUAACUGUUAACUUUAUUAUGUCACUUCUUAGUCUUUGUUAUACAAAUAAAAUAUUUUCUUUGUAUUUUAA